GUUCUCUGGUGGGCGAUUGGCCGUGGUGAAGGCCCCGCCUUCCACAUAAUGGCAUGCAGCCCGCGCACCGGCCGGGUGCCCUUAUGAACGCAGCGAUCAUCACUACUGAUGUAGAGCAGCGCUGCCUCAUGCGAUCCUCACCCAGCAGCGUGAAUGAACCGCUUUCGAGGACCUCCUCCCUACAUUGCAGAGUGGGUGCUCAUCUGCCCGGGAGAACGGCUGCCUCCUGUCGCUGCUCACGGAACAGAGUGUUCACAGCCAACAGCAGCAGCAGCAGCCAUGAGCCUCAUGCCAGGCAGCCCUGAGCAAGUGCAGGUGCGAGGAGUGCCUGGCGAGAGGCUGGUAGAGCCCGGGGUCAGAGGAUCUGCACCUCGGCCGCCCAUCGAGGCUGCCGGCUUCGGGGAACCCCCAGGGACAGACGCGUGGGACUCGGAGCCAGGCCAUGGGGACAUGCAUCCCAGCAGCCGGAGGUCAGGAGCCCUGCGGGUUCGCCACAAGCGGCAGGCCCUGCAGGACAUGGCUCGGCCCCUCAAGCACUGGCUCUACAAGCACCGCCACAACCCCUACCCCACCAAGACGGAGAAGAUCUUACUGGCGCUGGGCUCGCACAUGACUCUCGUGCAGGUGUCCAACUGGUUCGCGAAUGCACGGCGCCGCCUCAAGAACACGGUGCGGCAGCCGGAGCUGAGCUGGGCCAUGCGAAUCAAACUCUACAACCAGUACGUGCAGGGCAAUGCCGAGCGUCUCAGCGUGUGCAGCGGCGAUAGCUGCUGCGCUGAAGAGGGCGAGGCUUUGCUGCUGAAGGAGGCGGCCGACGAAGACCGGGGCCGGGAGGCGGCGUGCGGCGUCCGCGACUGCGACGGGCCGGGCGCCGUCGACUCGAGCCUCACGGUGGAGAACGUGAGUCGCCGGGGCCACGACUGCUCGCCGCCACACCAGUACAAGAAGAGCCUGCUGCGACGUUACCUGCGCGACUCCUGCAAGCACGUGCUGGCCGGGCGAGCGGGGCCAGCCGGACCACCGGGCGCCCAGGGACCGGUUGCGAGGGGCGGCAGCGGGCACGCGGCGUCCCUGGGCUCGGCCUGCUACGAGGACGGCUCCAUCUCGCCCGUGUCCAGCGAGUCCGACAGGAGGCCCUCGCUGCUUCUCCCCGUGCACGGCAUUUCAAAAUUACGGGGCCAAGUUCCAUCCAGUGUGCAGGGAGCCAAGGAGCUGACCUACUGGAAGGAGCUUCACGCCGCCAUGGCUCUUACCAACCUGGGCACCGCUCACAGCCAGGAGUUGGCUGGUGCGAGGGCCCUGUGGAUGAAGCCAUCGCCGGCCGUCACUGCCUCGACCGCCCUGCAGCUCCGAGAAAUGAAGCUCGGGCUCUAGGGAUGAGUGUUUAUGGGGAUGACACGAGAAAAAGCGUGCUCUCCCCCGCCCGCUGCUGCUGCGACUCCCGCAGGGGCCAGGAUCGUUACCCAGUGCUUGAACACACCGAGGAGAAAACCCUCGCGGAUGGUGGUGACAGUCACAAAAAGGACAAGUGCGUUGUGGAGAUGAAUUGCUUCGGCGCAGACUUGUGUACAGUGUUUGUUUGUUAGCUGUGCAACAGUCACCCUCUUCGGCCCAGCAACAGGCUGGAAUAGAAUCAAUGUCAAAAAGAGAAAGGUCAAAUCCCCAAAGCAGAACCAGUCUAACGAUUUGUUUAAUAAAUUGGGAAUCCAUUUAACUACAGUGUGAACUGAAGUUUUUAUUAAAAAAAAAUAAUUAUUAUUUUUUCAAAUAGCAUUUUUUUACUGUGCUUUCUGCCAAAGAAGCAGAACUUGUCUAGCAAAGUGUCAGCUUAGCUGUGCUUUCUUAAGUUCUUUGCAGCUGCCUUGACUUUGUUCCUAAGGUUGGCUUUUGACUACACUGGCAUGGGAGUGUCGAGAAGCCAUUUUGAACAACAAACCUUUCACAUGCCAUUACCACAAAACACGUGUAUAUAUACAGUACUUUAUAUAGUUCUUACGAACUUGGUAUGGAAUGCCACAGAGAUUAAAUCCUAUUUUGUUUUUACAUCGCAUUCAAGUUUUUUGAUGAAUGAGUAAAAUAAACUGUCAAAAGUAUUAUUUUUUUAUGAAGGCAUUUAGAGCUUUGGUCAUUUACUUUUGUGAAAAUAAUGAUUAAGUGGUAUGUGUGAAUUGCUUUGUCUACUCAAAAUUAUAACUUCAUACAUGUCAACUUCAUGUAGGAUAUAUAGUUUACUUUUCAAACCAGGUGUGAGUCCAUUGAUACGAGGUGUAUCUUUAUUAUGAAGGCCUUGGGUCACAAAAGAUUAAAUCAGGCAAAAUGGAAUACAGAAUGAAAUUAAGAAAAAUUAUAGCAUUCCAAACAAUCAAAAUACAUUUCUCAUUUUAAAUGAGCCUAUAGUUAAAAUUAUUAUAUCAUUUUGAAAUCAAGUAUUGAUCAAAAAUCACUUUCAUUCACUUUUUCUAAGUAGUGAAUCCAAUGAAACUGUCAGAGAAUUCAUGUUUAUUUUUAAUGUAGAGCAGAUGCCAUGUCGUUUCAUGUUUGUGGAACAGCAUCGUUGAAAUAUAAUGGCCAACUUUAGUAUUUAUUUUCAGAACAUGGCAAAAUUUUAGGGCAUGUCUUAAGUUUAUCAUUGAUUUUGUUGGUAAUUUAUUUGUAGAUGCCUUGAAGACAACCUUUAAACACAUUUCUGCUCAUUAACAGGAGGUAACCAGUCUUACUGAGAUCAAUGUAUAUUGGCAGAAUAGUUCUCAUUAAGAAUGAUUCAUGAUGCUGUAUGGAUAAAAGUGAGUACAGACUGUUUAGGCCUGUGAUCUGUGCCACUCAAUAAACUGUAUGGGUCACUUAAAUUGAUUGGUGGAUUGGUAGUUCCACAAGUAUUCACUUACAUUUUAUAAUUGAUUUUUAUAACAGACUGGCAUAUUAGAGCUCUUUCACAGGCCAUAUGGGUUACACUUCUAGUCACAUCUAUGCCCUCUUGUAACAGUAAUAACAAGCAUAUUAAGUGCUUUGAAUGUGCAAUUGUUUCUUCUGAGAUAUCUUUAAUAAUUUCUCUUGAUGUGAAAUGUUUUAUGCAACUGUGCUUUUUUCUUAUUGUUUCAUUUUGUUUAAUAUUAACAAGAGCUUCCCUUGCUCCUCCGUUAAGAGCCAGUAAUUCUGUCUCUUGACACUUUGUUAAUGGAUGCUGUAAUGCCAUGAUACGUCGUUUAAGUGCCUUCCUUAAGCCAUAUGCAGCUGCAGAUUCAUUUUCAGAUUUAAACAUAAGCAUAUUCCAACAAUGAAGGCAACAGGUCCAUGAAUCAUGUUAUUGGACAUUAUGUAAUAAUGUUACAGCGCUGUAAUAUACUUUACAUUGUAUGUUGUUGAAUUAAUGUCUAAAAGAAUGAUUGUCUAUACUCUUUGGUUCUUUCGGUAAAGUCACGUAGGUAAAAAUAAAAAAUAAAGUUAAUACAAUCACGACGUU